GUCCCCCACCCCGCGGCGCCCGGCUGCGAGGCGGCCGCCCGCGCCCCGAGAGGGAGGCGGGGGCGCGAGGCGCGGCGCGGCCACCCGAGGCUGCGGAAGGCGGCGCGAUCCGAGGCCCCGAGGCGGCCCUGCGUCCGGACCCCGCGCGCGCGCCCGGGGGGCUGCCGCCUCUGCACCCCCACCCCCCAGCCGCGGGCCGCGGGGUGGAGGAGCUCCCUGCAUACCCCCGGCCGCCCCAAGCCCCGAGCCUUCCUGACUCCGCAGGGGGCUCGCCUGCGGGGCGCCCGAUGAGCGCUCCGGGCUGACGGACCGGGCGCGGCGGCCGCGGUGGAGCCGGGACGCUGCGGCGGCGGCAGCGGCGGCGGCGGCGGGGGUGGCGGGGCCAUGGCCUCGCUGGACCUGCCUUACCGCUGCCCGCGCUGCGGGGAGCACAAGCGCUUCCGGAGCCUGUCGUCGCUGCGCGCACACCUGGAGUACAGCCACACGUACGAGACGCUCUACAUCCUCUCCAAGACCAACAGCAUCUGCGACGGCGCGGCGGCCGCCGCCUCGGGCUUCCAGCUGGCGCCCGAGCCCGCCGCCCUGCUGGCCGUGCCCGGCGCGCGGCGCGAGGUCUUCGAGAGCACGUCGUUCCAGGGCAAGGAGCAGGCGGCGGGCGCGGCGCCCGCGGCGCCGCACCUGCUGCACCACCACCACCACCACGCGCCCCUCGCCCACUUCCCCAGCGACCUGGUGCCCGCCAGCCUGCCCUGCGAGGAGCUGGCCGAGCCGGGCCUCGUGCCCGCCGCCGCGCGCUACGCGCUGCGCGAGAUCGAGAUCCCGCUCGGGGAGCUGUUCGCCCGCAAGUCCGUGGCCUCGUCGGCGUGCUCCACGCCGCCCCCCGGCUCGGGCCCCGGGCCCUGCUCCGGGCCCGCCUCCGCCUCGCCCGCGUCCCCCUCGCCGGCCGACGUGGCUUACGAGGAGGGCCUGGCGCGCCUCAAGAUCCGCGCGCUGGAGAAGCUGGAGGUGGACCGGCGGCUGGAGCGGCUGAGCGAGGAGGUGGAGCAGAAGAUCGCGGGCCAGGUGGGCCGGCUGCAGGCCGAGCUGGAGCGCAAGGCGGCCGAGCUGGAGACGGCGCGGCAGGAGAGCGCGCGGCUGGGGCGCGAGAAGGAGGAGCUGGAGGAGCGCGCCUCGGAGCUCUCCCGCCAGGUGGACGUGAGUGUGGAGCUCCUGGCCUCGCUCAAGCAGGACCUGGUGCACAAGGAGCAGGAGCUGAGCCGCAAGCAGCAGGAGGUGGUGCAGAUCGACCAGUUCCUGAAGGAGACGGCGGCUCGGGAGGCCAGCGCCAAGCUGCGGCUACAGCAGUUCAUCGAGGAGCUCCUGGAACGGGCAGACCGGGCCGAGCGGCAGCUACAGGUCAUCAGCAGCAGCUGUGGCAGCACGCCCAGUGCCAGCCUGGGCCGUGGAGGUGGGGGCAGUGGCGCUGGGCCUGGUGCCCGGGGCCCAGGCAGAAUGCGAGAGCACCAUGCGGGCGCCGCUGUGCCGUACGCGCUGGCACGGCACGGCUCCUCUCCUGGCACAGGGGCCUCCAGCCGCAUCCCAGCUGCCUCCCAGAGCUCUGGCUGCUACGACAGUGACAGCCUGGAGCUGCCCCGGCAGGAAGAAGUGGCCCCUGAAGACGGCGGCCCCGGGGGCCUGGGCAGCCGGGCUCAGGCUGCGAACGGCAGCUCAGAGCGGGCGCAGCCCCCUCGAAGCUCCGGCCUGCGGCGCCAGGCCAUUCAGAACUGGCAGCGCAGACCCCGCCGGCACAGCACAGAGGGCGAGGAGGGGGACGUCUCAGACGUGGGCUCCCGAACCACCGAGUCAGAGGCCGAGGGCCCCUCCGAGGUCCCCCGCCCGGGGCCUGGUAUGUCGGGGCCAUUGAGCAGCUGCCGCCUGUCCGCGCGGCCGGAGGGCGGCAGUAGCCGGGGUGCGCGUGCCGAGAGGGGCAGCCCCUCCCGCUCCAACGAGGUCAUCAGCCCCGAGAUCCUCAAGAUGCGCGCCGCGCUCUUCUGCAUCUUCACCUACCUGGACACCCGCACCCUGCUGCACGCCGCCGAGGUCUGCCGCGACUGGCGCUUCGUGGCCCGCCACCCUGCCGUCUGGACCCGGGUGCUGCUCGAGAAUGCGCGUGUCUGCUCCAAGUUCCUCGCCAUGCUGUCUCAGUGGUGCACCCAGGCGCACUCCCUGACCCUGCAGAACCUGAAGCCCCGGCAGCGGGGCAAGAAGGAGAGCAAGGAGGAGUAUGCCCGGAGCACCCGGGGCUGCCUGGAAGCAGGGCUGGAGUCCCUGCUGAAGGCAGCGGGCGGGAACCUGCUGAUCCUGCGCAUCUCCCAUUGUCCCAACAUCCUCACUGACCGAUCGCUCUGGCUAGCCAGCUGCUACUGCCGCGCCCUGCAGGCCGUCACCUACAGGAGCGCCACGGACCCUGUAGGCCACGAGGUCAUCUGGGCUCUUGGCGCAGGCUGCAGAGAGAUUGUCUCCCUUCAGGUGGCGCCACUUCACCCCUGCCAGCAGCCCACGCGCUUCAGUAACCGUUGUCUGCAGAUGAUCGGUCGCUGUUGGCCUCACCUCCGGGCCCUGGGGGUUGGGGGUGCUGGCUGCGGGGUGCAAGGCCUGGCAUCGCUUGCGAGGAACUGCAUGCGGCUGCAGGUGCUGGAGCUGGACCAUGUGUCAGAGAUUACCCAGGAGGUGGCGGCUGAGGUCUGCCGCGAAGGCCUGAAGGGGCUGGAGAUGCUGGUGCUCACAGCCACCCCCGUCACCCCCAAGGCCCUGCUGCAUUUCAACAGCAUUUGCCGGAACCUCAAGUCCAUUGUGGUCCAGAUUGGGAUCGCCGAUUACUUUAAAGAGCCCAGCAGUCCUGAGGCCCAGAAGCUGUUUGAGGACAUGGUGACAAAACUCCAGGCCCUGCGACGGAGACCCGGCUUCUCGAAGAUCCUGCACGUCAAGGUGGAAGGUGGCUGCUAACCCGGGGAGGGGGCGGCAGGGCCCCUGCCAGCCCCAGACCCCGUCUUCUCUUUGGACCUUCAGAGGGACCCUGAUGUGAACUAGAGUCAACCCUGGCUGCCAGCAAAGGGCGGACAGUCCCUGGCUAGCUCCUGCAGUGUGGAGCACGGACCUCCUGUGGGCACUGCUGCUCCGGGCCAGGGACCCCUCUGACCCCACCCCUGUGGAACAGCUUCCGAGUUUCCGGCACAGCCAAUGAGGAGCUAUGUCACCACCAGCACCUGGUGUCACCGCCUGCCUGUCUCCUCAGCUGCUCAGGCCUAGGGUCCCACUGUGGGGGGGUAGGGGGGGACAGGGGAGGGACCUUGCUGGGUUCCAGCUAGGGGCCUCCACAAGGAAGCUAGACACAGCUUAGGGCUUUGUCCCCCUGCCCUGUGUCAGCCCCUCUGUGGGGCACCCCCUUGAUUCAGCUCUCCUGGGCUCUAGGUCCACAUUUCCAGGGUUGACACGGACAAGCCUAUGGUGUCCAGGCAUGUGGUCAGUUGAAAGUGGAGGGCGAGAGAGCAGCGAGAGAGCAGGGAGUGGGCUUAGAAGGGCAACACAUUCACCUAGAACUUCUCCCCAAGACACUGAGACUGCCCUUUGCAAGGGGGGAAAUUGUCAAGGUGAGUAAUUUUUACUGCUGUAGGGACGAUGACCCCCUCCUCUCAGCCACCACGCACGCCCCAGCAGCCAGAGCUAAACUCCGAGCAACCAGGUGCAUGCUUCUGUAUUUCCCUCCAGUCCCAGCCCCCGGGAGGCAGGGGACAGCAGUCCAUACCCUCAAGGAGCGCCCGGGUGCCGGGGCAGACGUGUGGCCUGGGUCCCCAAGGCUGCGGAGGGAGUCACCGCACUGCCCCGAGCCCUAAGCGAGGCUGGUUUGCUUGAAGAGCCCCUGCUUGACCUGCCUGCGAUGUCCCCAGUUCCAGGAAUGAGGCUGAAGGCCAGGCCGGGGCCCAAGGCAGAGCUCCCAGUGGGCAUUUUCACUGACCCUUGCCCAGUUCCCAAAGGACCAGCCUGGCAUUGAGGCUCCAAAGACUCAGGUGUCCCUUGUUCUCAGAACUCCCACAGUGAUGCAGACUGCGGGUCCUGCCCAUCUUUCCUGGGGAAGCUCUUUCAGAUUCAAGCUAGGUUCCUGUUCGGAUCUAGUUCUAUCUCUCCAGCAUCUGCUCUCGGCCCAGUCCCUUCAGUGGCCGCUGGUCCCAGCUGGGUCCUCCAGUUCUCAGUCCUUUCCAGGGACCCAGCUUUCUGCCACAACCUGGCUUGGACACCAGGACCCAGCCCAGAGCUACCAAGCCCAGCAGAGCCAGGAGCCCACGGGCUCAGCUGUGGACCCCAGCGACCUGAGUCCACACCAGGUCAGGGCUUUUCACUGUAGACGACUUUCCCUCCUGGUCUUACUCUGGUUCUGCCUGUCGAAAACCCCAAAUACCUAGGGCACCGUGUUGGCAACGCCCAUAUUAGUCCUGCACGAAGCCUUUCCCCAGAGCAGCCAACUGCGCCUCCAUCAGCUCCCGCUCCCCAGCCUGGUCCCAAGGAGCCAUAGGAAGAAGCACAACUUUUCUGUGUCCGGGGACCCCAAGGAGAGGUGGAGGUGGAGACCACUCACAGGAGCGGGCAGCUCAGGGCGAGUGUCUGCCUUGCCCCCUCUCCACCCUCCAGAGCCCCUGUGCCCUAUGACCCCAAGACCAGAGGUGCUGCCCUCCCUGUCUCCUGGACAAAGCACAAAGGAAUGCCUGCCUGGCCUGAACCUGCCCAUCAAGGGAUUUUUUUUCUGUCCCAGGAAGCCUGGGAUCCUGAGUACGGGGGGUUGGGCAGGUUCACCCUGGGAAAUCCCUGGGAAGGAGGUCUGCAUAGACAGGCCGUGAGCUCCAGCAGGGAAUGGUGCUGAGGGCGGAUCCCAAGCAGGCACUGAGGGCAGAGGCUGCCCCGCAGCCUCAAGUUUGCCCUCCCUCUGUGGGUCUGGCUACUUCCAGGAACUCCUCCCAUCCCCAGCCCUGCACUUUCCAGCUGAGUAGGAAGGGUAUGUGGGAGUGUAUCUUGCAGACCUGACCUUCAUGCUUUGGCCUUCAUGCAUGCCUCGAGAACUGACCAGUUUGCAAGCCCCCGCCCCCAUCCCUUUGCAUCUUCAGGAAUGAGCCCUGAUGCUGAGUGGGGAGCUUUUGUUUGCUAGAAUGUACCAUUUGUUCCCUUUGGCAACCGUACAGCUAGAGCUGAGGCUGGUGAACAGAGAUGAAGUGCCCUGCGCUCCCGGGAAGCACCACUCAUCCCAAGGAGGGCUCUUGUAACAGAAUGCAAUACAGCGUAGCAAAGGCAGGCAGGCAGGCCUGCAGGGGUGGGGGGCCUCUCCUGCCACCCGGCCUGACCCCAGCACAUGGCAGGUUGCAAAUCCUAGCCAGAGGACUCCAUGCUGUUUGCUGUGUGCCUUGCAGCACUGGCAGGAAACAAAGGGAAUGUUGUGAACUAUCUAGAUUCCUGCAGGGAGAGGGAGGGCGCUGCCCAGAGCCAGCUUUUCCCUGGCUCCAGGAGGACCACAGAAGCUCAUUUUUCUAGGGCUGUGAGAGUGGAUUUUAAGCCCGUUCCUCAGAAUUCCUUAGAAGGGGAGGUGGAGUCAGGGAGCCCUGCCUCCUUCCGUGGCCUGCUGCUCCAUGAUUUAGCUCUGUCCUCUACUGGUCCUCUGGUCCUGGUGUCUAGUCUUUGGGCCACUGAGGGUGUGGAGGCCAGUGUCCCAGACCUAAACCCCUGUAAGGCGCUAAGUUGAAAACCUUAACUGAGUGACUAUUGGUGCCAAAGACCCAGCUCCUGAUGGAUUUGGGAUAAGAACCUGAGUGGGUGUGGGAACUAAGCCCAGAGGCGCUAACCAAGCUGGCGGGAUUUGUGCCAGGCCAGCCUGGAUGAGUGUAACUCCUACCCAACUCCAGGUCUGGCUCCCUUCACCCCUGAUAGCUGUGUUCUUAUCCAGCCUUGUCCUGGGCCUGCAUCUCUGUAUAUAUAGUUAAGUAUUGUGCGUAUGUAUUUAUUCCUGGACAAGUGUGUUCAUCUGCAGUCCUUUGCUUGAGGAUAAGGUUUAGGAUUGGGUCAAGAUGAGACUAUCAGGGCCAACUAAGGCAACCAGCUCCUGUUCCUUCCCCAAACCCUUGGGAUACUGGUCAGUCCCAAGACCACCCCGACAAUCAGGCAGGCUCCCCUGCCACAGCCUGCAGGGCCCAGGGAAGUGUGGCUAGGGCUCUUGCAAUCAGGUGCCAAGACCCAAGGAGACAAACUCACAGCUGGCACCCGCUGACCAUCUCCUGAGCAGUGCUGGUAGGGACCGCCACUGGCCCCUGGUCUUACCUUCCCUGCAGCAGGCCUGGCUUCAAGGGGCAGCUUCCCUCACCCCAAGCACAUCAGGCUGAGGGGUGGAGAGCAUUUUUUGGUUUUGUUUCUGAAGUGGUGCCUGUACCUCCAGCCCCCAGGGGGCCUUCCCCCGCCCCACUUCUCUCCCCACCCAGGCAUCACCAUCCAGCACUUUGCUUCACGCCACCUGUAGAUGCCCUUUGCCGAAUGUACCUGAGUGUAUGUAUUUAAAGGGACUCACAUGGGCAUCGAAGAAUUUAUGGCUUUGUAUCUAAUAAAAGAUGGUGAACUGGA